GUUCCUUUCAUGCAUUCUAUAACAAUAGUUAAUGUAAAAUGUUUUGUGUCAACAGUUCCUGUUAACUGAUGAAAAUGGAUAAACCUUAUAUAUGAAUUAAAAGAUGCACAAAAUAAAUGGCUGCUGCAAUUUGGAAAUAAUUUGUAGGUUUUUGAGUGCGAUUACUCUGAAGUGGUCACAUUUAAUUUAGGUAAAUGACAAUUCACCUUUUUAGAAUAGGGUUGCAACUUGGACUAAUUAAUAGCAUUUUAUAGAUCUCAAUUACCCAGGGGAUUGUUGGCCUUUCUUUUUUCUUCCAAUAAGGAAACAGUUUAACAGAUAAGUUGGGUUAUUUGAACCUGUGUUUCCAAAAAACUACAAUGAGCACAACGGUUGUCUAAGAGAUUACAGUUUCAGUGAAAAUAAGAUAUUGUAAUGAACAUUUUUCUUGAUGGAAGUUCAUAUUUUCUCAAACAUUUGCAAUACCCUGCAUGAUGGAUGUGGAUGAACUAUGCCAUGGAUAAACUUAUGAUAUUUGAUAAUAGUGUAUAAUGUUAUAGCAUUAUGCAGAGGAUUUUAUUGUUUCCUCAAGCAUCCCUAGGAAGGUUGUACUAUUGCCAUAUUCAAUUGAGAAAAGUAAACUAAAUAGCAAAGUGGGAGUUUGAACUUCUGUGGUUUGCUCUUAACUAAUUAGAAAUGGGAGGAUUGCAAACUGUUCUUACACUAUCCAAGAGAUCUCACCCUGUCUUUCCUUGAUUCUUACCAAACUAUGCACACAGACAUGUGCAUACUAUCUCGUGAAAAUAUAGCCUUGUGGAUCUUUCCUGUAUUUGUUCACAAGACCAAUUUUAAAUGGAUUGUACUGUUUUCACUGAUGCUGGAUGAUGGACAGUAUAUUUUAAAAUUAGCUGCAUUUUCCACCAAACUGAUAGUUUUGUUAAAAAUACGUGUGUAUGUGCUAUAUAUGUGUGUGUAUAUUAUAUAAACUGAAAAGCAUAUCUGAAACGGCCUCUACAAAAAAAAAAAAAAUAGCUGGGCACGGUGGUGAGCAACUUGUAGUCACAGCAUCUAGAAGAGGCUGAGUCAGGAGGAUCGCUUGAACCCCGGGAGUUUGAGGCUUUAGUGAGCUAUGAUGAAACCACUGCUCUGGGCAACCUUGUUCUCAAAACAAUUUUUUUAAAAAAACUGCUUAGGUGUUUGGGAAAUACUUAAAAUCACGUUGCUUUUUGCAAUAAGGGAAAUAGGGUGCUAUGGGGAUAAUAAUAGGGCUACCAAAUCUUGUGGUCAUCCAUGGGCCCUGAAGAAUUGUGUUCAGCCUGAUACCUGCGAGUUGAGGAAAGCUAUACCUCAAAUCAGGUUUAUGUGGAAGGUGAUGGGUUAGGAAGCGGCCGAGAGUAGGGUGCUAGCUGCGAAUAGGGAAAAGGUGAAAGGCUGGGGGAGGGGGGGUGCCUGCGCCUGCGCCCUGCAGCUCGGUGAGCUCGGCGCUGUUUUCGCGCGCUGCUCUGUGGAGCUGCGUCUGCCUCAGGGCUACGCGGAGGGCACUCGGAAACCGCGUCCUCGUGCCGGGGGAGGUGUGAGAAGAUGCUGAGGCCUGAGGUCUCAUCUACCCCACCUUCCGCCUCUGUGGCUCCCCGCUCGUCCAGAGAAGCUCGCUCACAUGGUCCUCGCUACAAUUUCGAGCUGCAGGAGACUCCUCAGAGCCGCCCUUCCGCCCAGGCCUUGACUGCGUCCACGCCUCGCAGCACGUCGGGAGCUGCGGGCGACCGGAGUAGCAGCAGCAGCCUCCCACUCCAUCAGCCACGCUGCCGGCCGGCUCAAGGUCCAUACUUUGGAAACAAUAGAUCUUAUACCGAAAACCCAGUUGCAUCAAAUCUUACUUUUGGUACAAGCUCAUCUUCUGCACGAGAUGCUAAUUAUCCACAAAGAGUUAAAACUCCAUUGUCUGCUGGAAAUCCCCAGAGAUCAGGUUAUAAAAGUCGGACACCACAAAUGGGAUAUUCAGCUACAUCCUCAUCUGCAGUUUCUAUACACUCCCCAUCAGUUAUUGUAGCUGUUGUAGAAGGAGAGGACUUCGCCAGAGGUGAAAUAGGAAUGGCAAGUAUUGACUUAAAAAGCCCACAAGUUAUAUUAUCCCAGUUUGCAGACAACACAACAUAUGCAAAGAAUGUUAAUUUCACUACUAUCCAAAGGAAAUACUUCAAUGAAACAAAAGGAUUAGAGUACAUUGAACAGUUAUGCAUAGCAGAAUUCAGCACUGUCCUAAUGGAGGUUCAGUCCAAGUAUUACUGCCUUGCAGCUGUUGCAGCUUUGUUAAAAUAUGUUGAAUUUAUUCAAAAUUCAGUUUAUGCACCAAAAUCGCUGAAGGUGUGUUUCCAGGGUAGUGAACAGACAGCCAUGAUAGAUUCAUCAUCAGCCCAAAACCUUGAAUUAUUAAUUAAUAAUCAAGACUGUAGGAAUAAUCACACUCUCUUUGGUGUUCUAAAUUAUACUAAGACUGCUGGAGGGAGUAGAAGACUUCGUUCUAAUAUUUUAGAACCUCUAGUUGAUACUGAAACCAUUAACAUGAGAUUAGAUUGUGUUCAAGAACUACUUCAAGAUGAGGAACUUUUUUUUGGACUUCAAUCAGUUAUAUCAAGAUUUCUUGAUACAGAACAGCUUCUUUCUGUUUUAGUGCAAAUUCCAAAGCAAGACACGGUCAAUGCAGCUGAAUCAAAGAUUACAAAUUUAAUAUACCUAAAACAUACCUUGGAACUUGUGGACUCUUUAAAGAUUGCUCUGAAGAACUGUAACACACCUCUAUUAAGAGCUUACUAUGGUUCCUUGGAAGACAAGAGGUUUGGAAUCAUACUUGAAAAGAUUAAAACAGUAAUUAAUGAUGAUGCAAGAUACAUGAAAGGUUGCCUAAAUAUGAGGACUCAGAAGUGCUAUGCAGUGAGGUCUAACAUAAAUGAAUUUCUUGACAUAGCUAGAAGAACAUAUACAGAGAUUGUAGAUGACAUAGCAGGAAUGAUAUCACAGCUUGGAGAAAAAUAUAAUCUUCCUUUAAGAACAAGUUUUAGUUCUUCUCGAGGAUUUUUCAUCCAGAUGACUACAGAUUGUACAGCUCUACCCAGUGAUCAUCUUCCUUCAGAAUUUAUUAAGAUUUCUAAAGUGAAAAAUUCUUAUAGCUUUACAUCAACAGAUUUAAUUAAAAUGAAUGAAAGAUGCCAAGAGUCUUUGCGAGAAAUCUAUCACAUGACUUAUAUGAUAGUGUGCAAACUGCUUAGUGAGAUUUAUGAACAUAUUCAUUGCUUAUAUAAACUGUCUGACACCGUGUCAAUGCUGGAUAUGCUACUGUCAUUUGCUCAUGCCUGCACUCUUUCUGACUAUGUUCGGCCAGAGUUUACUGAUACUUUAGCAAUCAAACAGGGAUGGCAUCCCAUUCUUGAAAAAAUAUCUGUGGAAAAACCUGUUGCCAAUAAUACCUAUAUUACAGAAGGGAGUAAUUUUUUGAUCAUAACUGGACCAAACAUGAGUGGGAAAUCUACAUAUUUAAAACAGAUUGCUCUUUGUCAGAUUAUGGCCCAGAUUGGAUCAUAUGUUCCAGCAGAAUAUGCUUCCUUUAGAAUUGCUAAACAGAUUUUUACAAGAAUCAGUACUGAUGAUGAUAUUGAAACAAAUUCAUCAACAUUUAUGAAGGAAAUGAAAGAGAUAGCAUAUAUUCUACAUAAUGCUAAUGACAAAUCACUCAUAUUAAUUGAUGAACUUGGCAGAGGUACUAAUACAGAAGAAGGUAUUGGCAUUUGUUAUGCUAUUUGUGAAUAUCUACUGAACUUAAAGGCAUUUACACUGUUUGUUACACAUUUUCUGGAGCUGUGCCAUAUAGAUGUCCUGUAUCCUAAUGUAGAAAACAUGCAUUUUGAAGUUCAGCAUGUAAAGAAUACUUCAAGAAAUAAAGAAGCAAUUUUGUAUACCUACAAACUUUCUAAGGGACUAACAGAAGAAAAAUAUUAUGGAUUAAAAGCUGCAGAGGCAUCAUCACUUCCACCAUCAAUUGUCUUGGAUGCCAAAGAAAUCACAACUCAAAUUACGAGACAAAUUCUACAAAACCAAAGGAGUACCCCUGAGAUGGAAAAACAGAGAGCUGUGUACCAGCUAGCCACUAGGCUUGUUCAAACUGCCCGAAACUCUCAAUUGGAUCCAGAUAGUUUACGAACAUAUUUAAGUAAUCUCAAGAAGAAGUAUGAAGAUGAUUUUGCCAGGGCUGAACAAGUUCCAGGGGAGACUGAAGAAUAGUAGCAAUUCACAUCUUGUACUAAUGAAAUAAUAUAUGUUAAUACAAGGAAACUCUUUAGGUUAAUAUGAGAACCUUUGCUCUCUUGAGAGCAAAAGAAAAUAAUAUUUGUUAAACUUUAUAUUUUAAUUGAAAAUUACAUUAUAUUAAUCUCACUAUUAUCUAUAUAUUCUACAUGAAAAAAAUUCUGUUAUUAUAACUUAACAAAUGAGAAUUAUUUAAAGGGAUGGUUUUUAUGUUAGAAAAAAGUAUAAUGCACAACUGUUUUCUCAUUUAUGAAAAUUUGCAUUGUUAAGUCUUAAGUCUAUUUAUCCUUAUAAAUUAUAGCUUAAAAUAUUACUAUAAAUAUCUUAGCUUACAAAAAGCCUUUCUUUUUAGGUCUAGAACCUUAUUUGAGCUUUUCUUUUACAUUCUAUUCUGAAGUAAUAAUACUCUAUGACUCAACAGUUUCUUAAUUAUUACCUUCAAAUUCCAACACUGGUUGGUUCUGAAGUUCAUUAGAAUGAUACUAGAAAUUUAAAAAUAUUCCUUUUGACAUUCAAUGUAGUUCUAAAGGGUGAGAAUAAACAAAUACAUAUGUCGUAAUGCAGAGUACUUCUAGAAGGGAGAGGGGAAACAUCAUCACCUGGCUUUCAGUUUUUCAAGUAACCAGGAGUCUUAUUUUCUUCUCAUUCACUUCCUCCUUUUUUCCAAUUUUAAUUUUGGCUAUCUUUAUCGGGUGAGUAAAAGGCAGGAGAGGGGUAAUAUUGGUUUAUUUGCCUCAGUUAUUGGUUCACUAGGGAGUAUUUUAAAGAACUUGUUCCAUAGGCAUGUGGUUUACACCACUCUUUCAGGGUUUACCUAAAGGUCAUUCUUGUUUUUGUAAAUGGGCAAAAGAGAAUGGAAGACCACCAGUUGUUCAUAACUGGAAAUGUCGUAUUUCUACACUUUCAUCUCAGUAGAUGACUUAUAGACAUAGUCUCUGCCCAAAGUCCUAACACAGGGCAACCAAUUAUCUGGAAUUUAAGGUAUACAUUUGAACCAUUUAUUCAGUGAGGGGUAGCUUACUAAAGACUCCGUCAAAUUAUUCACAGACUGGUUAGCAGCAUAUUUUUUGUAAAUAAUUGCAUAUUAUAUUUUAUAAUAUUUAAUAUUAAUAUUUGUUGACUUUAUUAAACCCUUCCUUAGCAUUCGAAUAUUAGUAGCCAAAUACAUUGAAAAAGUUAUAACUUAAAUGACAUCCAUACUUUUUUGGAAAACUAAAUGUAAAGUAAUUUUAGUUUUACAUUCAAUAUAUAUCAAAUGUCUUGUUAGACUGCUUACAUUCCCUAUUGUCAAGUUUUAGCAAAAGAGUAUCACAGUAUUUGUAUUUGACUAUUAGCCAUAUUUUAAUUCACAGCCUUUGAAAUGAUCUAUAUUGUAUGUGGUCAUUCCUAAAAUCAGUUGAGUAAUUUAGGGUUGUGGCAAAUUUCAAAAAGGCACUGAGGAGGAAAAGGACAUAGCAGAUUGUUUGGGAUGGCAAGAAAGAAAAGGGAGGAAGCAAUAAAAGACAAGAGGAAUAGGCAGUGGGGAAAAAAACAUAAACGGAGAUAGCUGCUAAGUAUCAAAUAUGUGGAAUAUCAUUUCCUGAAAUACAUUAACUUCAUUUUAGAUUUAACCCCAAUAUUAGAUUCCAUCCAGCUUUUAAGGAAUGUUUCAUCGGGUAUAGUUUUUGAUGCAAAAACUGCAGCCAACUGAUUAAUCCCUUUUAGGAAAUAGAUUUAGAUUUAGAUACUGAAUUAAAAAUAGGUUUAUAUCUUCUUAAAAUUAAAUUACUUUUUCUUAACCAUUCUAUACAUAGCAGAAACAUACCAAAAAGCAAAUCAAAUGAAGAUAUAUAAUUAUUAUGCCAUGGCACUAUAGAACAAAGGUGAAUACUAGAGAGACAAUCCAUUCUUCAAUUUUAAGAUCUAUUUGCUCUACUCUUCAUUUCUUCUUUGUCUUUGCCUUUCUCUAAAAUUAUAGAUUAUUAUCUCAUAACUCAGCCUUUCAAGAUAAAUGCCAAUAAUGUUUUAGCAAACUCCUUUAAUUUCCCCCUCAAAGCCAUUUUUCAGUCUUUUCUACCUUUCUCCUCACAAGAUAAAAUCCUUCAUAAGAUAGUCUUCUUCAAGUUUAGGGGUAAAGUAUGUGGGAGUGGAGGAGAAAGGCAGCUUAUCCUCAUGCCUAGGAAGUAAUUUAUUUUCAAGUUUAUAUUCAAUAAAAUUAACUCUUUUUUGGUGUACAGUUUUAUGAAUUUUAGUACAUUUAUGCAUUCAUGUAACUAGCAAAAUUAGAAUACAUAACAGUUCCAUCACCCUAAAAGACUACCUGGGUGUUUUCUCUUUAUAGUCAAAUCCUUCCCUGACCCAUAACUUUACCCCAGAAAUCACAGACCUGUGUUCUUUCCCUAUAGUUUUGUUUAUUCCAUAAUGUCCAACAAGUGGAAACCAUACAAUAUGUAACCUUUUGAGACUGACUUCUGUCACUUUGUAUAAUGCAUCUGAGAUUUAUCCAUGUUGUGUCUUUUAAAAUUUUAUUUCAAAAUAUUAAGGGUGUACAAAUUGUUUUACAUGGAUAACUUUUAUAAUGCUUAAGUCAAGGCUUUUAGCAUGCCCAUUACACAAAUAGUGUUCAUUGUACCUGAUAGGUAGGUUUUUACCCCACUUUUGAUUUCCUAUGACCUUUACAUCUCUUUGU